AUGGCUCAAUUGAGCGCGAGAUUAGAUAGCGAGCUUCGCAGCAUUUCUCAGAAACUGGAUAGCAUUUUUUCUGACGAAGAUGCCGUUUCAGUUAGCAUUGAAAGCGAUCCCAAACUCAAGCUUCUCGAUGAGCCUGUUCUGAAGAAGGAGGCAAAGGACACACAGACACUCCUGGCGCGAGAUGCGCAGCUCAGCAAGCAGCUUGUGGUGUAUCGCGAGCUGAGUCUAGUCUCAGAUCUUGUGGAAGAGGCCAAAAUGAACCUGCAACUGUUGGAGCUUGAAAACUGCUUCUUCUCUCUGCAGAACAUACGCAAAAAACUACAUGCUCUGGACCUCACAAGACUGCCGAUGCGGUUCGAGCAAGAUCUCAAAUUGCAUCUCGACGAAAUGCAUGCAAACCUCAUCUUGCGUUGCGAAGACGUCAUGCACCAGUUUUGGGACAUUGGUGCGCGCCACAUCACAUUUGUGCGAAACACAACCGUCGGAUCCGACCAAGUCGAAGUGGAAUACACACAGUUUCGCCAAUUUUUAACGAGCUGUUUCUACUCAGAGGGCAAUUUUCAGCCUACAAGCUGGUUCGUGUCCUCACUUAGCAUGAGUGAUACUCGAGAAACCGUGACUAGAAAGCUGUCGAAAAUCUACGCGGACUAUAUAGCAUUGGAAUUGGGUCAGGAGAAAUUGAAAACAUUUCUGUUCUCCACCGAUGUGCUACUGAAGAUUGAACGCAAUACUACCCUUGAGCUAGUGUCUAUGAAAUGCACAUUAAAAGAAACACUACACAGUUUUGGCGCUAUUGUACACUUUCUGUCACAGGUCAUCAUAGUCGAUGACGCUAACAUUAUUUUGUCCCGCUUGGGCAGCACACUUGCUUUCGAAGUACUGAAGUUUUUUAAGCAAAACUCCAAUGCUUUGCUUGCACCCGACGAUGGGCAUAAAGUAUUACUUACGGAGCUUAAUAACGAUUUGAAACAUUUAUCAAAUAGCUCUAACGGCAACUGGGUCUAUGACGGAAGGGAACUUGACUCCAUGCUAAAUGACGACUCUGUCAUCAACAAUCUCAAAUUAGACAAGUUGUUACAGUCGCAAAUCUCUAGAAUAAGAGAAGUAUUCCGCACUCAAGACUGGAAAACUGCCUCCUUCGUUGAGCUUCCUCGUACGGAAGCUUCUAAAAGCAGGUCAGAAAUUCCGGUAACACAAAAAGAAGAAGAGAGUGCACAUGAAUCAGAAGACGAAUGGGGAUGGGGACAUGAAAACGACAUCCCUGAGAUCGAAGAAGAGGAAGAACAUGAUGGUUGGGAUGACGAAAUCGAGCUAAAUGAUGAAACCGAACUUCCAAUGGGUGACAAGCAAGGGUCACGGACACCAUCUAGAUCCGAGCGCCGCAGCGGAGUUCUGGAAAAUGACGAUUGGCAGAGUGCCUGGGACGAAAACGAAGGUAAAGGUGAGGAACAACCUGGUAGCAGAAAAAUUACGAAACUCCCUGAUCUGUGUUUUCAGGUUCUUCAAGAUUUUGAAACCGGAUGUGAUGAAAUUGGAAGGGACAAAAUCCAGACAGUAGUGGAUUACAAAAGAAACCUACUACUGACAUCGUUUAUGGCCAUGUGUGUUUGCAAAUGUGAAGACUGGUGGCAGCUGCACCGCGACAUUGAAUACAUUACAUUGAAAUAUCCAGAUCAGCGGAAGAUAUUCCGGCUGAGAGAGCUUGACGCACACUCUGUGCAGACGCAUGUGGACAAUUUGAAGAAAACAAUAAAGGCUCUAAUGGAACAACAGUUCCGCAACUUCCAAGCAAACGACAAAGCGCCCAAUUGGGGCAUCACUGUUGAAUUUUUGCUGCCGUAUCUGGAGACGGUAGCUUUUCCGGCGAUUUUCAAACUGCAAGACCCGCAAAUGCUAAGUGGAUUUGUAGAGUUCGUCUACCAUGAAUGUUUUGUCUCCAAAGUAAUGUCCUGGCGGAUGAUUUCGGAGAAAAACUCCGAGAAUCUGGAGGAAAUGAUCAAGCUGAUUCUGACAAGCACGAGGCAUCCCAUGUUGGACGCAGACGAACGGUGCAAGUACUCUCGUGAAAAACUCGCUGUCAUCGGAAACGUUCUCACGGCCCACCUCACUGACAUAAUGCACAUGUUUUCGAAUGGCGAUUUCUAUCUAUUUUCGACAGACGAAAUUGUUCAGUGGAUAGUGCUACUUUUUGCCGACACUAGCUUAAGACGAGAAUGCAUUGACGAGGUACGGACUAUUCGUCAAGAGCAAAGUGAGAACAACUGA